AUGCGCAAAGCGUCAUGGGCCAAUGUAUUUCUAAUCGCGAGUCUGAUUCACUUUGCUGGUGUCGUCUUCUACGCAAUCUUCGCCUCUGGAGAGAAACAGGCCUGGGCCGACAUACCUGAGGAUGCAUCACGAACAACUGUUCCGCCUGGUGCUGCGGUAAACAACUCAUGGAGCCCGCCUGUCGAGGUGCCGCCAGAGGCAAUGUCUCCCGAAUAUGGUUAUGUAGCUGGGGAGAAAUAUGAUGGAAUGCAAUUUGGACAGCCUGACUAUCGACAAGAAACAACAAACUACGGUUAA